GUGGGACCCCUGCAGUCCUGCUGCGUCAGCACCAUUGCCACCACUGUCGACGUCGUCAUCACCUGGGCAUCAUUAGACAUCCCCAGAAGCAAACAGCACAGCGCAUCACGGGACAACAAGCAGUAUCAGGUAAUCGUCACCUACACAGACAAAAGAAUAACAUCGUAUCUCCCACUACGUAAACACAGUGCCAGCGACACACUACACUGCGCAAUGGGCCUCUCCGCAUCCACCGCCCGACCUGCGAAGGCCCCGCCGUCCAACAUCCCAGAAGGCGCGGAGAAGGCGACCCUCGCGGCCGGCUGCUUCUGGGGCGUCGAGCACAUCUUCCGCAAGCACUUUAAAGACGCCAAGGACGGCGGCGGGCUGUACGACGCCCGCGUGGGGUACACGGGCGGCGACAAGAGCAACCCGAGCUAUCGGCAGGUCUGCUCGGGCACGACGGGGCACGCCGAGGCCCUCCAGCUAAUCUACAACCCCUCGCGCAUAACCUACCGCGAGCUGAUCGAGUUCUUCUACCGGAUCCACGACCCGACCACCAAGAACGCCCAGGGCAACGACCACGGUACCCAGUACCGCAGCGCCAUCUUCACACACUCCGCCGAGCAGGACAGGAUCGCGAGGGAGGUCACCCAGCAGGUCAAGGACGCCCGGUGGUUCAUGCGCCGGAACAGGAUGGGCGUCGUCGUGCCCGAGGACAUCACCACCCAGAUCGUCCCCGCGGGCAAGUGGUACGACGCCGAGGGCAUGCAUCAGGAGUACCUGACGGACAACCCGUAUGGAUACCAGUGCCCGACGCAUUUCGUGAGGGGGAUGCCGCCACUGCCGCCGGUGUCUUGAUGGUUUGUCGUGUGGGUGUGGGUGUGGGUUUGACGUCCGUGUGUUGACCCUGGGAGCGUAUGCUGUUUGUUGAGUUUGCACGCAAUUUGCUGUUGAAUUGUUUGAGUAAGACCACCGUCACAGCAAACAUAUGGAACGACAACUUAGUGACGUUGCCGUGCUUUCAGUAAUCUGUCAUGUUGCACAUCUGAGUUACGCUCUCAUACCUUCUACUAAACCGUAAAUACACCGAAAAGAAAUCUAGUUAUAGGGAAUAUGUCCUGGCGG